UUUACUAUAUUUUGGGCAAUGGAUGGUAAGCAUUGCUGCGUGAUCGGCUGCCACAACUCAAAUGAAAAGACGAAAAAAAGUUAACGCGCAUCAGUUAUUUUUCUUUCCCCCAGGACAAAGAAUGGCGAUCAAAAUUGAUAGCACCUGUCAAUCGCAGUGAUAGAUUUUUUAAUCCGAACACUAUUCGAAGCAUAUUUGUUCGGUGCAUUUUGAGGAAAAGAAUUUAUUGUUUCACGGUAAGUUAUUUCAAUAAAUUACAUAUACAUAUUUGAAUUGAACAAUAUAUUUAUGUUUUUUAAUGAAAACUAUAAAUUUUGAAGGCAAAGGUUUCAAACUAAUUCCUGGGAGUUUGCCCACAUUAUAUAUGCCAAAGAAAACUAUAGAAACACCCUGUCCUCCGCCCAGACAUCCACCGACGAAACGUCCAUCACCACCUGUCCCUGAGAGAGUGACCUAUUUAUCUCUGUCUGAUCUGCAGAAAAGUAUUCAUGUUAAGGACCUUCAUGGCUGGAGUAUUCUGAAGACAGAUGACAACAUCCUUGUUAGCUCACCUGAACCGAAGGUUCAAGUGAGCUUUUCUGAUCGCUUUUUGUCCGUCGUCUGUCUGUCUGUCUGUCCGUCCGUCUGUCUGUUAAACUUUUCACAUUUUCGACUUCUUCUGCAGAACCACUGGGCCAAUUUCAACCAAACAUGGCCAAAAGCAUCCUUGGAUGAAGGGCUUUCAAGUUUGUUCAAAUGAAGGGCCAUGUCUCUUUCAAAGGGGAGAUAAUCACAAAAAUGCAAAAAUAGGGUCGGGUCAUUUAAAAAUCUUCUUCUCAAGAACCACUGGGCCAGAAGAGCUGAAAGCUUCCUGACAUAUUGCAGAUUCAAGUUUGUUCAAAUCAUGGCCACCGGUGGUAGGAUGGGGCCACAGUUUUACAUACAAAUAUAUAGGGAAAAACUUAAAAAAAAAUCUUCUUCUCAAGAACCACUAAGCCAGAAAAGCUGAGAUUUACAUGAAAGCUUCCUGACAUAAUGCAGAUUCAAGUUUGUUCAAAUCAUGGGCUCCAGGGGUUGGAUGGGGCCACAAUAGGGGAUCAAAGUUUUACAUACAAAUAUAUAGGAAAAAUCUUCUUCUCAAGAACCGCUGAGUCAGAAAAGCUGAUUUUUACAUGAAAACUUUCUGACAUAGUGCAGAUUCAAGUUUGUUCAAAUCAUGGCCCCCGGGGAUAGGAUGGGACCCCAAGGGGGGAUCAAAGUUUUGCACACAAAUAUAUAGGGAAAAACUUUAAAAAUCUUCUUCUCAAGAACCACUAAGCCAGAAAAGCUGAUUUUUACAUGAAAACUUUCUGACAUAGUGCAGAUUCAAGUUUGUUCAAAUCAUGGCCCCCGGGGGUAGGAUGGGGCCCCAAGGGGGGGGGAUCAAAGUUUUACAUACAAAUAUAUAGGGAAAAACUUUAAAAAUCUUCUUCUCAAGAACCACUAAGCCAGAAAAGCUGAGAUUUACAUGAAAGCUUCCUGACAUAAUGCAGAUUCAAGUUUGUUCAACUCAUGGGCCCCGGGGGUUGGAUGGGGCCACAAUAGGGGAUCAAAGUUUUACAUACAAAUAUAUAGGAAAAAUCUUCUUCUCAAGAACCACUGAGCCAGAAAAGCUGAUUUUUACAUGAAAACUUUCUGACAUAGUGCAGAUUCAAGUUUGUUCAAAUCAUGGCCCCCGGGGGUAGGAUGGUGCCACAAGGGGGAUCAAAGUUUUACAUACAAAUAUAUAGUUAAAAUCUUUUUCUCAAUAACCACUGAGUCAGAAAAGCUGAUAUUUACAAGAAAACUUUCUGACAUAGUGCAGAUUCAAGUUUGUUUAAAUCAUGGCCCCCGUAUCAAAUCAUAUACAAAUAUAUAGUUAAAAUCUUUUUUCUCAAGAACCAUUGGGCCAAAGAAGUUGACAUUUACAUGAAAGCUUUCUGACAUAGUGUAGAUUCAAGUUUGCAAAGGGUAGUUUGGGCCAUAAUAGGGACUAAGGUUUUACAUGCAAAUAUAUAUGGAAAGUCUUCAGAUAUGGGCCAAGGUGACUCAGGUGAGCGAUGUGGCCCAUGGGCCUCUUGUUUUUGGAAUGUAUCAAGAUCACUGGAAAAGACAAUCACAGUAGAUAUUAACUUAAAUGUCAUUGUCCGAUUUGGGGGUAAAAACAAGUUGAUAAACAAUUAAUCCAAAUUACCAACACUAGUAACAUGAAAUAUAUUUAUUUUCUAGGAAUGCAAUGUAUGAAUAGUAAUAUCCAGCAAAUGGAUUGUAUAUUGUAUGAACAUUUUACAUCACAUGAUUUAAUUUACUUUAACUUACAUUGAAUUAUUUUAAUACAGAGGUACUUGUGAAGAAUAAGGAAACAAAUUUAAGCAAGAUUUCCAUCAGUAAAUUCCUCCAAGAAAUUGACAACAUCAGAAAGUGCGCAGGGUUACCUGAUGGUAGUUAUAAGGAAAAGUGUUUCAGAUUUGUUUCUACUGUUGUGAGGAAUGUUAAACCUAAAGUGGAAACUGUUGUUAGAUCUCAAAGAUGUUCUGGAGGUUUGAUCUCAGAUGAAUCCACACCCGUCUGCUCAACCUGUACUAGUUUACGUGGGAGCGGUAGUGAUGGAAAAUCAUUUACUAUGCAGAUCACAGUUCACCCCAAAACACCACUCUCUCGCCUGUCCAAAGAGGACUUGAUUAAGGAAGUCAAGGCAUCUAGAUAUAGCUUCAGAGAGAUUCAAGCUCAAGUACAAUCCCUGACAAAUGGUAUGACGGAAACAGUAACAAAUGAAGUGGGAGAGGGACUUUAUUUUUCAAUAGAAAACAAUCCUCCAGAGGACAACUUUUUGGAAUUGAUUUGGAAGGAGCAGAAAAAGGCAUUUCAGUCCAAUCCAAAGGGUAUGAGGUGGCAUCCCAUGAUGAUACGAUUUGCCAUUUUCUUGCAGUAUCAAAGUCCUCGAGCAUAUGAGGCCAUUAGAGAAUCUGGUGUUUUAAAACUACCAAACAAAUCAACAUUGAAGGACUAUACCAAUGUUAUAACACCAGCAACUGGCUUUCAACCACAUAUGUUUGAGGAACUAAGAAAGAUCGCAGCAGACCUUCCCUCCGAGAAGAGAUUUGUUGCUCUCCUUCAUGACGAAAAUAAAAUAAAGUCCGACCUGGUGUAUGACAGACGGAGUGGCCAAGUCAUCGGAUUCACAAAUCCAAAUACUUGGACAUUCAACGAGGAUGAGUCAAUGAAAAUUGCAACCCAUGUGCUGGUUUUCAUGGUUGUUGACAUUAAUUCCCACAUAAAAAUGAGUAUUGGCCAUUUUCCUACCAGAACUUCCACUGCCGACGAAUUAUAUCCUCUCUUUUGGAGUGCUGUGGCAUACUUAGAAAUGACAUGUGAACUGAAAGUCAUAACAUCAACUAGUGAUAAAGCCUCUGCCAAUCAGAGGUUGUAUCGAAUACACAAAGUAGGAAAUGAACCAGUUGUCUUCAAAACAAAGAAUGUAUUCACUGAGGAGGACAGAUAUAUUUAUUUUAUCUCUGAUGCUCCCCACCUUGUGAAGACAAUAAGAAACAAUGUCUACAGAUCAAAGACAGGUGGAUCAAGGUACGUCUGGAAUAAUGGUCGGUUCAUUCUGUGGUUUCAUGUGAUGGAUAUUUAUAAUGAUGACACAAGGGGCCAGUUGUACAGAACAAAACUAACCCAUGAUCAUGUGUACCUGACACCAUCUUCCACCAUGUCUGUCAAACUGGCAGUUCAGGUUUUAAGUAACUCUGUGGCACAGGUCAUGCGUGCUUAUUAUGGCCCAGAGGUGUCAGAGACAGCUAGGUUGUUCAGUUUGGUGAACUGAUUUUUUGAUUGCCUGAAUGUGCGGUCAUUGAGGGAGUCUGUGUUCCAGAGAAAACCAGAUGUAGCACCCUACACUUCACAAAAUGACCCAAGAUUUCAGUUCCUCAAGGAUGAAGUCUUAGAAUAUUUCAAUCAGUGGCUCAUUUCUGUGAGGUCCCGACCAGGCUAUAAGAAGACGGAGCAGAACAAAAUGUUCAUUUCAUAUCAAACUCAUGAGGGCAUUAUCAUGACAGUGAAAUCCUUCAUUCAGAUACCUGCUUCAACAGGGGGUGCCAUAUGUUUUGAGCAAUGUCUUCUGUCAGGACCCCCUUGAAGAGCACUUUGGUCGCCACAGAGGAUUGGGUGCUCGUCAUGACAACCCAACAAUUCACCAGUUCGGUUACCAAGAAAACCAACUUCGAAUUCAGAGAAGCUUAGCCUUCAACUUUGUGCCCAAAGGAAACACUGCAAGAAGGGCAGGAGAAAAAAGACCCAUUGUCAUAAAAAACAGUCCCUUAAAAUAUAACUAAAAGAAGCUUACUUAACAAAAUGUGCACAUUGUCGGAAAAUGAGGAUCCAAUCAUUUUCGAAAAAGUUAUGGUGGAUCUAAGAUGGGUGGAGGGUUAAAAAUAGCUUGUGAAACUUCUUGUAUAUAUGUUUACAUUAUUUUGACCCAAGUGUUCAGUAAUUUCUUCAAUUUACAGUGGAUCAAAGAAAACUGUUUUAUAGCUCAUUAUUUUUAUUUAAUAUACAACAUUGGUCACAUCGAUGUUGAAUGCAGUACAUUAAAGGGGGUGGGUAGGUGUAAUUUGGAGCACUUUUAAAUUGGGGAACAAAAACAAAUCAUAAUAUCUGGUCAACAUAUACAUGUAGUGCUUUUGCUUGUUAGCAGUUUUUGUAUAUUAGUAGUUGUUACUGUUGAACUUUGAAACAUUUGCUGUUUUGUUUUGUUUUCUGUUUUAUAGUUACCAAGAAAACCAACUUCAGUUCAGAGGAGCUUAGCCUUCAACUUUGUGCCCAAAGAAAAUACUGCAGAAAGGACGGGAGAAAAAAAGACUCAUUGUUAUAACAAACAGUCCAUGAAAACUUAGCUGUAAUAAACACACUGACAAAAUUGCAUGAUUAUUUUUGAAUUUGAAAAUCAAUGUUAAUCAGUCAAUACAUUUGCGUAGAGCUUUUUGCUUGCUAGCAGAUUUUGUUCUUGAGUAGUAAUUUUCCAUGAGUUGUCUGCACCUAGCAUGACAUCUUACUCUGAAAUAUUGAUAGCAUUGUGAAAAAUAAUUUCUCUUGCAUUACCACAUCUGAUUCUGAAUGAUAAGUGCAAUCAUAGAACACGGACAUAGCGUCAUUUUCUCGACAAAUUGUAUUGGUGAACUGUUGAAGUGUUGGAACUGACACUGCUGUGCAUGAAUUUCUAAACACAAGUUCUAAAACUACAAAGAAAUUUAUCGCUUCAGAAGAGGAUUGUGUUAGACCACCUCUGGAUUUUAUGGAAAUUAAUUUAGUGUUUCCGUCUGUGUCAAUGAGUUUGCUCAUAUAUUUUUUGACAUCAAAAGAAGAGGACAAUUUUUGUUUGCAUCGAAACAAUACGAAGCCUGCAAUGUAUGCAAUAAUAUCUCUCUCCCCAAUUCUCAGGACAUUUUUUGUGUCUAAUUUUACAGAAGAAUUCGAAGAUGGUGUAUUCUCUCUAAUAAUUUCUUCAGCUGUUCUAAUCGAUAUGAAAGCUGACAAUUGUUGCUUGUUUACAACAUUUUGAAGUUUCUGCACUACAUCUGGCUGUAUGAGAUGGAAAUUAUGCCAGGCCUUUUCCUUGGCUGCACUAGAGAAUACUUCUACCUUCAUGAUGGUGUCUAACUGCUGAAGAGCUGGAACCAAGUCAGCAGCUGUAAAGGACAGUUGUUAUGUUAAUUUCAUACAAUAACAACAAAGUUUUAACAUAUGAGUUUAUAACUGUUUGACAUUUCCAUGAAUUAUUUGUAAAAUUACAUCCAUAUUGUAUAUAAAUCAUAUAAGUAUAACAAGAAA